AUUAUCAUUAUAUUAAUGUCAUUAAAUGGUCCUAAAAUGACAAUAAUAUGUAAUCAAAGGGUGUGGAAUAGUAAGAGGUGAUUACUAUGUAAAUAUGUCUAUGGUUAUUACACCUUUAUUACUAUGCUUUAUUAACGGUUAUACGUGGCACGUGACAGGACCGUGGCGGUUCCUCGUGCAUAUCCAAAGCAACAGUUUAAUAAACGUUAGAUAGCAAAAACAUUAAGCUAGCAACAAGUUUACUCUGUGUUUUUAUACUAAUAUUAGCUAUAUAUUUGUUGUUUUCACUCACUGCCCCGUUGUGCUUAUCACAUAGUUACAGCUGUUUAAAAUGAAUUGGGUUGGUGGUUCAAGGAACAGAGUUGUGAUGAAGAAUGAUGCAAAAAAACAGAGGGAGUUCUUUGAAAAGAGAAAAAUGCAACAGAGGUUGAAAACCUUGGGAAUUGCUCUGCCAGCAUCCCCCCGAAGCAGCAGUUCUGGUAGUAUGGACCUGGUGACUUUGUUUAUCGUCAACCAGAUUGCUGCUAAGAAAGAAGUUAAAGAUCCUCCAAAAGUGGCAGUUCUUGGCAGCAGUAAAGGAGGAUCCAAACAUAAGAGAAAUGAGCCCCUGGUUCUCCCAAUGAGCCCCUGCUCUCCAUCACAACUGAAUCUUGUUGAAGGCCAACCUCAGCACAGUGUUCAAGGAACAAGAAAAAGGAAGAAUGUUAUUCCACAAGGCGCCAAGUGUCGGCAGCUGUCCCCAGUGCUGGAGUCAGCUUUCUCAGACAACAGUGCAUCUGACUACCUGCCCCCCAAAACCGACCCCCUCAGCCCGUUCUCCUCCAACUCAUCCGCUUCCUCAGGCCAAGGCGUAUUCCCCCUGCCGCUGAAGAAGCAGAGAAGCCAGGCACACUGCUCCCCUCCACCAUGGGACACCUCUGGGCUCGAGCAGAACAAGUUCCAGCCUUUCUCUCAGCCCAGAGGUAUAACCGACAGUAUCCCCUGGUCCUAUGGAUCAAACCCACCCCCCUACCAACUGGAGACUCCAACAGCAGCCAAAGUCCUGUUUAGAAAUCCAGAGCCAGAUAACAUGGAGGCCAGGGACCAAGCCAGACAUGAGGCCACCUUAUCUCUCAACAAACCACCGGACAGAGAGCCCAUGUUGGACUUCACUAUUAACCAAUCAGAAACUGAUCAGCAGAUUGACAGCGACCUGUUUAGGGGCUUCAGUAAAACAGAAGCUUCUCAUUUUGGGAGAGGAAAACCAAAGAUAUAUCUCAAAAAUGAAACUCCAGCCGAAUCUUCAGCUCCACAAACUGUCCCUGAUUCACAGUGCAUGGAAGUAGAGAGAAACAACCACAUGCAUAAUCUUUCCAACUGCUCUGACAUGAACUUUCAAGCAUGCCUUGAACACAACAAGGGCCUCAUGAAUGGCUGUGAAUACUCGCCAAGUUACUCUUGCCGGGGAGGCUGCCUCAGUUCAGACUGUAAUGAUGAUGAUGAUAAAGACCACUGUGAGCCAUGUCUCCAGGCUACCUCUGCAUGUAUGGAUCAAGCCUCCAGUGUAGAUGGCCCAAACCCAAACCUGGGCCCACAGGCUAAUCCAAAUCAAAGGCACACCAAGCCCAGGCCUCCCACCCCACUCCUGAGACCCCAAAGGAACAUCAGAGAUAAUCCGAAAAUUGUGGAGAAGGCAUCUUCCCCAGUUAAGGCCUCAGAAAGUAAUAGGCAACAUACAGGAAGCAACACAGCUCUGUUGGAAUCUCCUCAAAGUCAGAGCUCAGAGCUGUGCAAAUGCAAGAAAAAAUCCAACGAAACUCAAGAUGCAGGAACUCAAACUGUCUACGACACCACAGCUGAGACAUGUGACGCCUCGACUCAAUGUAGCUUUGUAUUAGACAGUGAAACCAAAGCAUCUGGGUACAACUUGUGCCUACCACUUGUUGAAGUGUCGGUGCAGCAUCCAGCCACAGGGAGGCAGACUGAUACUGCUGCAGAGCCAAGUGCACACACACCUUCAGCAGGCAAGGAGAGCAGUGGAGACAAGUAUACGCCCUGGACAGAGAAUAUAUCCAGGGCUGGUUUCCAGUCAGGCUGCAGCCUUAUAAACAUCGGUGAUGGCAAAGUGAAUCUACAGAGAGACAUAAACCCCUUUCUAUAUGUGAGCAUGGCUGGUGGCAGAGGUAAGGAAAAUCAAGAGGGCAGAGAUGAGAGAGGGCAACAAGAAAAUGGCCGUCUGAUGAAAGAUGUCUCAAAUGAAGUGAAGGAGGAGGUCACAUCUGCCACGAGGGCUAACAGACUCCCAGAAGAGGCUGAGACACUUCAGGAAAUAGCUGACAUUUUGCUCCUGCUCAAACAGAGAAAGGAAGUAAGGAAGUAAAGUUAAAAAAAAAAACAUGCCUGUUCUGUGCAUGUGUUUUAUUCAAAGCAUUAUUUAUUAGUUUUUUUUAAACAUAUAAACAUCAUCAAAUAUUCAAAGUGUUUGUUCUAAGUUCUAAGUAGGGAUACAGUGAAAUAAAGCCCCAAAGCGUUGCUCUGAUUCAUAAGUUUAUUUCUUUCCUCGUAUACAUAUUCCAGUGUUAAGAUUUCAUGAAGAUAUCUAUUUUUUAUAGAAUAUAAACUCUAGCAAAACAUAUACAGCUUGAACAAUAAUCAAAUAUACUAUACAGCACUCCUUUUUUUUAAUUGUUAUUUUUGUAGUUCCUCGUAAACUGUAGAAACACACGUAGUUGGUUCACAUAGAAAAGAAUUGCAACCAUUUCACCAGAAGUACACAUUAAAUGUCCCCAGCGGACAGUGUCAACAUGACUGGAUGUCAGUAGCUGAAACAAUCACGUUAAAUAUUUGGUCAACACAAGUUUAAUUACACAAUCAGUGUUCUGGAGCUUCCUGUGUGUGCGUUUAACCUGUCAUAAUACUUUCAGUACAAAACUAGUUUGUGUGGUUUUAAGACGACUCAUCCUGGACCAAAUGAAAAUCUAACAGAUAAAACAUUUUGAAUUAUAGUCAGCUAUUUUUCUCCAUCUUUAAACUUUUCUCAUUUAGUCAUUUGUAAGCCUUAUUAUUACUGUCUUGCCAUUUAUUAAAAUAAUAUGGUAAUAAUUUCUGUUAUACUGAUUAAUCAUCUCCAUGGGUAUGCAUAUGUAGAUGUGACACCAUGACAAUACCAAAAAUAUCACAAUACUUGAUACAAAUACUUCAUUCAACUAUGAUGGGUCACUGAGGAUGUCAUU